CCUCCCUCUUCCUCACUCUGUUUCUGUUCUGCUCAAUUCCCACUAGUCCAUUUCCAUUCUGAUUCUGAUAUCACUUUCUCUUUUAAAUUCUUUAUUUCAUCAUUUCACUUUUUUUUUAAUCAUUUUUUUAGCUCUAUAAGUUCCCACCCAAAACACAGGUUUCUUCCCCCCUUCUCUUCUUCUUCCUCUCUUCUCUGUCCUAAUUCUGCUCUCCUUGUUUCUUCAAUCUUGUGUGUUUCUUUCUAGUAGUUCAUCCCUUUUUUGGGACAUAAACUAGAUUAAGAGGUUGGUUUUAGUUGUUAUCUUUCACAAAAAAAACCUUGAUGCUUAAUUUGUGGGUUUUGAUGUUUGAGAUUCAUGUCUCCAAUUCUCAGUGAACUCUAUGUUUCUGGGUUGAUGAUAAAUUCCACAUAUAGGCGCAGGACUCAUCUUGUUCAAUCUUUCUCAGUUGUAUUUCUCUACUGGUUCUACUUCAUCUCAUAGUUCUACAUAUUUCUCAUCCAUCUAACUAGAAUUAGCUACUACUACUAUAAUCUAUAUACUCAAAACAGAAUAUAUAUAUAUAAAUAUAUACCAAUAUAGUCGCAAAUAAAAAUCCCUGGUUUUUCAUCUUCAGAGUAAGGUAAGUGAUUGGCUAGGUUUCUGGGUAUCUGUGGUACUGCUAGGCUACAGCAAACUAAAAAUUUUCACUCACGUAAAAAUGGCUUCACCUGGGGGAGUUACAUCUUCUGGGACAUCAUCUCUACAACAGAACUCGAGUUCGGAGGAGGAGAUGCAGAUGCAGAUUAUGGAUGAAAGGAAGCGGAAGCGGAUGCUGUCGAACCGCGAAUCGGCAAGGAGGUCAAGGAUGAGGAAGCAGAAGCAUUUGGAUGAUCUAAUGGUUCAAGUUUCCAAUGUGAGGAAAACAAAUCAUCAGCUGUUGAACAGCAUAAACAUCACCUCACAGCAGUAUGUGAAAAUUGAAGCAGAAAACUCAGUACUCAGAGCACAAAUGUCAGAGCUCAGCAGCAGGUUGCAGUCACUCAAUGAGAUCAUCAAUGCACUAAAUUCCUGCACUAACAAUCAAACUAUGGGAGUUUAUGGGGGUGAUGAUCAAGGAGAAGGCCUAUUUCCUAUCAUUCCAGAGCCUUUUACAAGUGAUAGCUUCAUGAUUAAUCCAUGGGAUUCUGCUACCUAUGUAAACCAGCCUAUCAUGGCUUCAGCUAACAUGUUCCAGUAUUAGUGGACAUGCUACUUAACUCUUAGGAGAGAGAAAAUAGGGAGGUAUUUUUCACUAUUAAUCCUUCUAAUUUUCCUUUUGGGGUUUUUCUGGGGAGGGUUAAUAAUCAAAUAAGUAGCUUGUUACUACAAGGGGGGUAUAUGGUUAUUAUGGAUUUAUGGUAUGAUCUUUCUGUAAAUGGGAUUAAUUUAUGCAAGUUUGGUUAUUCAAGGGUCCUCAUUGUAGCUAUGUUAUGUAUAAGCUUGCAUGUUAUAUCUUCAAGAUCUUUAAUUUAGGUUUAA